AUGGCUGAAGAGGCUUCCGCCCUUGAAAAGGAACUUGACAAGAGGAAUACCAACAAAUACUGUGCUUUUCAUGAAACAUAUGGACAUGAAAUGGUUAACUGUCGAGCCUGGAAAAUGCACCUCGAAGAGUUGGUUGGGGGUGGUCCGCCAAAUCUGGUAAGGUUUUGCUUUGAUGUAUUGGCUGGUGAGGAUGCUCUGGGUUUGAUGGACAAGGCAGUGGGAAGUUAA